AUACACUGGAGAGUGGCUCGUGUGUAUGUACAACGUCGUCAGCUUCCAUCGUGUCAUCGUCAAUUUUGUGUCAUAACGACGCACAAAGCACAUCGCUUUUGGCAAUUUUAGUGUAUUUCGUUAUAUAUACGGUUAUCGGAAACAGCGAUUUUCUCGAAGCCUUUCCUCGAGAGUGCGUUUUCUUCGCAGACACCAAGAAAACAUAUCAUUGUCGUGUGUGAGAGUGCGCGAUAUACUUUUACAGCGAGACGGAAAACCUUCAAGUUUAGAUAGUUCGAGCUUCGCACAACAGUGUCCCGAAAUCGAAUUUCUGUUCUUUCCUCGACAACCCGUCGUUGUCAUUAUACUUGCUCCGCUCCACCUUGCGUCCGCCUCUUUGUCGUCCCCACUUUUCAUCGUUCGCGGACACACAACAGAGUGCGGAGGAAAAUCCUCUUUCUUUCUCUCUCUCUCUCUCCCUCUCUCUCUUUCUCUCUCUCUCUCCUCUCUCUCUCUCUCUCUCUCGCGCGCGCGCUCCGGUCGUCUAGAGCGCGUUUAUUAAUACUCCUGCUGUUGUCGGCGGUGUUCGUGUUUCGGAUUGCGGAGCACGUUGCCAUGCUUGGCGAGCGACGACGCAACGAUUAGCACGACGACGACGACAAGAACGGAACGCGACGGUUUAGCAAACUGUGAAAAAAUCAUCAUCGACGAGUCCGGGCGGCUAUACAAUGCAACGGUUCGCUCGGUGUGUGGAUACGUGGAUAGAUCGCUGUACGUGGUUGAGACGUCGCGACGACGACGACAACGACGAUGACGACGACGACGACGACGACAAUGAUCACCACGGCCGCGACGGCAAUGCGUCGCAGCAGCAACAACACGCCGACAAAGAGACCAACAAGAUUCUCUGCCACAGCGAGACCUGCCGGUAUUGCUACGCCGCGGAGAAGGCCCUGCUGUGGGAAGACACUGGCUUCUUUUUCAACUUCUGCCUGCUCCUCAUGUAUAUUCUACUCGUCGUGGUGCUCGGCAUGCCUUGCAUUACAGAACUACCGUUGCUCAAUGGAAAUCUUACUGUUCACAUUUUUCUCCACGUGAUGAUCGUUUUCAUGUUUGUGGACUUUCUCGCUCCUACAGAAGAUCAUCGUUUUAUGUGCAGCAGACUUCACAUGUUAUAUAAUUACUUGCAAGAAAUGCGAAGCAAAGAACCAGGACUGCAUUGUUCCCUUCUCUGUAUCGUGGCUGUUGUCUUAUGGUUCAUCGGCCGUGCCGAUCUAGUGACUCCUCACUCACUAUACUGGAGCAUCUCUUUGGGAUCCUUAAUAACACUACAAAUACCGUUGUUAGCGGUCAAUAUAUUUGAGAAAGCAAUGGAUUUAGAACUUUUCAACUGGCGUAAAAUUAAAGAAUGGUAUUACGACAGUGACAACGAAGAUGAAUUUUUACCAGUGGUAUCGGAAGCGAAUCUACAAGUGUUGCAUCGCUUUGGAGAGACGGGCGAUAAUUCGCCAACACCAACAAGCGUGAUAUCAGAGACUCAAAACGAUCCUUUUGAGGAAUAUCUGGAGAAUCUCUUUGACACAGUUCAUACCAUGCCAUCGCACGAAGAUGGCAGCACCGACGGCGUGGAGCUGUCGGAACUGGAACUCAGCGUUGGUGAGAACGAUGUCGAGGAGGAUAUCAAGUUUCAGAUUCGACAUUUCGAGAAGAGUUCGUCUUCUGCUUCCGACGACGAUGUUUUUGACGACAAGAAGAUCACCGCUGAAAGUACCGACGACAGCAAUAGCGACAGUGACUUCGAGAUAAUAGACAAGGCGGAGAUAGAUAAAAUGUGAUAAAAAAACAAAUUAAUACAAAUGUAAGGAUUUGUUGUACGUGCGAUAUUAAAUUAAGAUAACAAGCCGAGGAGAACCAGUCGACGGGCAAUAACGAUUUUGAUAAUUUGGAAAUAUUUUUAAUGAGUGUCAUUGCUGAAACGUCAUGUGAAUUUUCAUUUAAAUUGCAAUUAAUUUUUUCAACGUGCGUCGUACACCGCAAUAUUUGCAGGUGUAUUCGAUCUCUGGGGCAAUUUCAAGCGAAUUUGUUUAUAUAGACAUUAUAUAUAUAUUACAUGUAAUAUGUAUAAUAUAUAUGUGUAUAUAUAUGUAUACA